AUGGUCACGUUAACCCUGCAGAAUACCGAGUUACCAAAAUUUUGGGAUUUAGAAGUUUUAGGAAUUAAAGAUCCAAUAGAAAGAAAAAAUAAGAUCCUUCUUGAAGAAGAAACUCUAACCCAUUUCAGAGAAACCUUAGAAGUUCUAGAAGGCGGACGAUAUGAAGUAGCUUUACCUUGGUUGUCUGGACAUCCACCUGUAUAUGAUAUGUACGAUGUCGCUGAAUCCAGACUACGUUCAGUAACAAAACGUCUAUUAAAAGAAAACAUCUACGAUGUGUACGAUGAUGUUUUGAGACAGUGGCAAAGAGAAGGUAUAAUUGAAGCUGUACCGCAGGACGAAAUUUCGAAACCUGGUCAUUAUCUUCCUCACAGGCCCGUUAUCAAACCAUCAAGUGCUACAACUAAGGUUCGACCAGUCUUCGAUGCCUCCUUUAAACGACCAGGAGUGAUUGCUGAUAUAAAACAAGCUUUCUUACAAUUGAGUGUCAAACCGGAGGAUCGUGAUUUUUUAAGAUUCUUGUGGUGGAAUUUCAAAGAUCGAUCAAAAUUAGAAUUCUGGAGGCAUUGUCGAGUAGUCUUUGGAGUGACUUCGAGUCCAUUUCUCUUGAAUGCUAGUAUUCGUCACCACCUUAAUUCAAAGGAAUACCAACUUGAAUCUCUUCAGCCGAUUGUCGAGAAACUUAAAAAGGGUUUCUAUGUAGACAAUUUGACUACCAGCGUUGAGGACCAAGAAGAGUUGGUGGAGUUCAAGACUGAGACGAUGAAGAUAAUGAAUGCUGCUUCGUUUGAAUUAAGAUGUUGGGCUCACAGUGGAGAUCAGAACCAGGAACGUCAAAAUGUUCUUGGUCUCGAGUGGGAUACAAAGACUGAUGAGCUGUACUGUGUUGGUCCUGAUAUAAGUUCCGUUGAAGUUGUAUCCAAGAGAAAAUUACUUUCCGUUGUUAACAGCAUAUAUGAUCCUGUGGGUUUCACAUCUCCUGCGACACUGUUACCAAAAUUGUUACUCCAAGAGGCUUGGCGCAAUAAGUUGGACUGGGACGAACAGUUGCCUUCCGAAAUGCAGUUACGCUAUCAACGAUGGGUAAAGCAUUUAGAUCUUAUCCAGAAAUGUAGGAUCCCUCGUAGGAUAUUGCAUGGAACUUUCGAAAGGGCCAGUUUACACAUAUUUACAGAUGCAUCGGCUCAUGGGUAUGCCUGCUGUGCCUUUCUACGAUGUGGAGAAGAGGAAGAAGUGAGAGUCUCAUUAGUUUCAGCAAAGGCUAGAGUAGCUCCUCUUCAGAGACCAACAAUUCCACGAUUGGAGCUUUUAGGAGCCGCUAUUGGAGCUAGAAUUGCUUCAACAAUAUUAGAAACAUUUAAUUUGCCUUUAAAGACGUAUUUUUGGACAGAUUCCAUGAUAGUUCUGGGAUGGAUUACUAAAACAGAACCCUGGAAUACGUUUGUAGGUAACAGAGUGAAAGAAAUACGAGAACUUACAAACAUAGAAGAUUGGAGAUUUGUCCCUGGAGAUAUCAAUCCAGCAGACUUACCUUCCCGCUCAUGUGAUUGGUCUGAACUUUUACGGAGUCAAUGGUGGGAGGGUCCAAAGUGGCUUUAUGAACGUCCAGAAUUUUGGCCUUACACUGAGAUCAUUCUUCCUGACGAAGCGAU